UUCAUUUGGCCGCGCGCUCGUCGGGUGUGCAGGAACGUCGCGCGCUCACCGCGCAUUUAAUCAGCACACACAGCAGCUGAUGUGUGGACAGACAGAGAGAGAGAGAGAGGGGGAGAGGGUGAACAACACACACGGGGGUGUGGUUUAGAUCAAUGCCUCACCUCAGCUUACAAUAAGAUACAAAAUACUGCAAAGCACACCGAGGGCGAAGAGGCGGCGUCGAUCAGAGACGAGGUCGCCUUUGUGGAAUAUAUUUGGCUUCAUCAGCUCCACUGAGAUAAUGAUAUUUAGUGGACGAGGAUUCUCCAGUCGAGGCUUUCAGAUGCAUACAGUUGGACAAGAAUGAGGAGGAGGAAGAGAAGUUCUCGCUGAACUGCCCUUCUAUUACAGCAUGGGAUAUGUAGUAUGUACGUGAUUUAAGUGGUCUACAUUUGGAUAACCUCAAGACAGUCUCACAGACUCCCUGCAGCGCCGUGUAUUUUAAUCUACAAUCGUUGACUUGCAUAAGAGCGCUUUGUGCAAGGAACUGCUGAAAGAAAUUAUGCAAUUUAAUGUGGUUUGAAUUCAGAACGGAGCAAACAGGAUCUUCCCUUGAUUUAGGAAAGCUUUUCUUGUUAAUGCGGAUGAAAUGUACACAGACAGAAAGGACAGCAAAUUUGUCCUUGCAAUGCUGUCUUUGAAAGAUCAUUACCACGAUAAUUAGGAUCUGCCAGUCAUCCCUGUGGGAUUAAUUUAGCUCGACAGUUGCAAAAAAGAAACGACUUCUGACAAAUUGUUAUUGCUCUAAAAGCACUAAAUGACAUAGGGUGAAUUGAAUAAAAUACAGAAGGAUGAACAACACUCUGCACGACAGAAGCAUGUUCACCGUACAAGCGGAUGUUAUAUUUCACGCCGCAAACCCAGACUCUCCAGAACCACACAACCCUCCUGAAGGGAACAACAACAAUGUCUCAGCUAUUGGGAAAACAGGCGUCCCCAGCUUGGAAAUACUGCAGGGUCUCCAGGGAACAUGGGAUAAGUCCGAAUCAGGAGAACUGACUGACAAUAGAAGUUUGGGACACUAUGGUACUGUAACAAGUGCAGAAUAUGCACAAGAUGCUGUCUCUAGUGACAGUGGAUUUCAAGAGCACAUUCAGACUCUGGAUUCAACUAGAGCACAAAAUCUGGACCUCAGUUUGAGAAAUACUGGUGAAGCUUUAAGUCAAGGGAACAUUAGAGAAGACACAAACGGAACAAAUGCUGCUUGCAGUUUGGCACCCUCUCUAUGCUUCAGACCAGAGAAUAAGGAGGAAACUGACAAACUGUCCAAUGUCCUGAGAGACGAUGAGGUUGUUCGGAGUCAGUUCGACAUUAAAAAUGUCUCUUCCACAUCAGAGAACAGAAAUCAUUCCUAUUCUGGCACCCAGGAAACGAGGUCACUUCAGAAAACCUUAGGAAGCUUUUUAAGUUCCUCUGAAGGAGCCAAUCAGACCAGCUACGGAACGUCAUUUGGACAGACCUGUAUGGAAGGGCUAAAGCAAAGUGGAUCUGCAGUAAGAGAAGCUCUCUCUGCAAAAGAGGAGCCAAAUUUAGUCAUAGAGGUGGGCGGACAGAAAAUACAAGCACACAAAUCAGUAUUAGCUGAGAAGAGUGAUUAUUUUAAGGCCAGGCUUUCUCGAGACAUCCUCAAAGUAAAAGGAAUGAGCUACAAGACCUUAUCAGUGCUUGUAGAUUAUGUUUACUCUUCGCAGAUGAAUGUGAGCAAAGACAAUAUCGUGGAUGUCAUUACAGGGGCGAAGAUACUGCAGAUGCCCUGUGCAGUGCAGGCUGCCAUUGAUACCAUUUCCACACAGAUCACAUCUGAGAACUGCUAUGAAAUCCUAACAAUUGCUAAAAAGCAACGAUUAAAUGAACUGAAAGAAACCGCCUAUCGAUUCAUGAGUGACAACUUUCUGCAGGUUCUGAAAGAUCCAGCUGUCUAUGGACGCCUCACAGGUUCAGAGAGAGACGUCAUCCUGCGGAAACGAAUGGAAAGCCGCAAGUGUCUGAUGGUGGCAGAAAUUAAUGACGUGUUUGAGCGUGUAGGAAGUCGACCACCCAGCAGAAACAGCAGCCGUCCCCAGAGUCCCCUCUCCAUCACCUCUUUUGAGGACAAUCACAUGAUCUACUACUACAACAAGAGCAGUAAGGACUGGCACACGUUGACCGUCAUGCCUGAUGACAUCAACACCAAGGGCUGUGGGAUCUGCACCAUGUACAACUACUUGUUUGUGGCCGGUGGGAUCAGGGGGACUGGGGAGAAAAGCAAAGUCUCAGACAAAGUUUACUGCUACAAUCCUGUCACAGACCGCUGGAGUGAAGUUAGACCCAUGAACCAAGCCCGAUCACAACUCAAGCUUGUCUCCAUGGAUGGGAUCCUGUACGCCAUUGGCGGUGAAUGUCUUUUUACAGUGGAGAAGUACGACCCUCGAAUGGACCGCUGGACAGCGGUGGCCCCUUUACCUAAAGGAGCGUUUGCUGUGGCUCAUGAAGCCACUACAUGUAACGGCGAGCUGUAUGUCUCGGGAGGGUCUCUGUUCUAUCGGUUGCUGAAAUAUGACCCUAAGAGGGACGAAUGGCAGGAGUGUCCAUAUAACAACAGCAGGAAAAAAUCCACAGAUAUGGUGGCUCUCAAGAGCUUCAUUUACCGAUUCGAUGUCAAUCGAGAGCAGGGCAUCAGCGUCUUUAAAUACAACACCAUUGUGAAGAUGUGGCAUGAUUGUGCCUCGCAGCAGCAGGGCUGCACUCUGCCAUUUCGAUGUGCCGUUAUAGAUAACUGCAUCUUCUGUGUGAAUAAAUCUCAGACUCUUCAGUUUGUUGUUGAAGACGAUGGAGGUCGAUUCAAAGAUGAGAAUCUGAAAGCACCUGUGGAGGCCAAAGGGAUAUUAUUCCCAUUCAUUCUCAGCUUGCCGGACAGAGGUGGAAGAAUUGCAUGAGCGGGAUAUUUUAUCCCUCGUGUGACCCUUCGGUGACAUGGUGAAAGAGAAUGCCUGGUCAAUAUUUAUAGAUUAAACAUUAUCUCCAGAGAAGUUCAAGGAGCCAGCACAUAGUGCUUGAAACUGGAAUGUGUUUCUUUGCAUGGUAAGAAAAACAAAUGUUCGGCGCCUUAAAAUCACAGCUUCACUAUCCAUCUUUGGCAGAUGAAAAAAAGUUGUACAUUUAUGGAUCAUCUGUCACUUCUUUCAUUUGUUUUGUGCACUUUGUAUCAAAUAGUAAUUUAGGUUGAAUUUUGCCUCUGGAAUUAGCAAAAACAAGACUGAAGCCUCUAUUCAGGGUAGACACUGAACUGAUAGACGUUGACCAAUGGUGUUAGUCACAACUCCACAAACUAUGACUAAAGAGGUUCAGUUGCACCAAUAAGUGUGGUAAGGUGAGCUAAGGAAUUAGGGGACCCCGCCCAAUGCCAAGAAGCCUAUAUUAAUCAUAUAGCUCGUUUAUACAUAGGUUGUAAAAUUGGUCCCGUAAAGAUUUUUAACGUUAUUACUUCUUUUCAAAACAGGGGGCGCCCAUGAUUAGUGGACAGUUCCUUUUGUACUGCACAUGCACGAGGUGUGAGUGCUUCAGACAUUGCCAGUCUAUCAGUCAUCAGAGUAGAGCUGAGGUAGAGAGAGUGAGAGUUUUGAGAAAAUUUAAGGGGGGAAAAAAUUAGAAAUAAAGACAAACAAUGAAACGCAGCUACCCCAGCGAUCCUGCUUUCUGGCCAAAACACCUGUCAGAUCAGAUGAGCGCUGUGAGCUUGUUAAGAGAUCGAGGGCCUGUUCAAAUAAAAUUUCCAGUGAAAUGGCCGCCGAUUCACAAACGGCAAUUAUUUAAUUUAUAUGAAAAAUGGUGACAAGAUCAGUUUGAUUGAUUGUGAAUUAAAUUUGUUUAAAUGUUUUUAUUAAUAAAUAUUAAAAUCUAAUCCCAUAACUGGCAGAUUUACUGUACAUAGUUUGUAAACUUGUUUUUAUUUGUGAGUUUAUUGCAUUUAAUUUUACAUUAAGAAGAUGAAGGUUCAUUUAAAUAUUAAAAUAUGUAAAAUAUACUUUUAAAUAUUUUAUAUACUUUUUAUAUUUGUUUAUUUAAAUAACUUUUAACAUGCAGUUUAUUUACAAAAAACCUAAUCAACAGAGAAAGAAAAUAUCUAUAGAGAAAGACAAUGUUUCAAAACCUGGAAUUGCUUAGGGUCCCCAAAAUCACUAAGUCCGCCCCUGGCUGAACAUGAAUACUAACCAACUCCAACAGACAUACAACAUAUAUCUGGGUUUCUCAGCAGUGUUGGUUCCAAUUUGCUCAAAUAAGAAAAGAAAAACAUGAUAAUAUUUUCAUGACUUUCACGAAAAAGAGUGAAGUUGAAGAGAAAAAGAGAGAACAAUGUCCAAUUUAUUGUCCUGCCCAUAGACGCUGCAUUAGAAACAUCUAGCAUAAGUGUUAACUUUUUUUUUUGUGUGAUUUGAUGCAAAAAUUUGCUGUCAUUGGUCAACGUCUUUCGGUGCCAAGUGCAUUAGCCUUGAAAUGGCAAUGAAGAGCACAAAUGAACAACUGAAGCACAUGAUGUAAUAGCGAACCUGUUUCCUAGCAACAGAUUCUAUGCAAAUAGAUUUUGAAGUAGAUAUUAAAUGCAUUUUUGAACUGCAUAAAAAAGCUCUCAAUCCUAGAACUUUCAUAUUGCUGGAGUCAGUAAUCAAGUGUCUUUAAGCAGCUAAAGAAGCCAUAACCUUUACUAACAUUGGAGUAACAUUAGGGAAACAUUAAGAGCACAAAGCACUUCAGUAACUGCUGCUACUCUGAUAUUACUGGACCACAAAGGUAUCAAAUUGAAUCAGUGCUUCUUUACAGAUUUUGCACUUUUAUAAGGAAGAGUCCAGAAGGCAAAAACAGUGUCUGCUCUUAAUAUUUCAAUCAUUGCCAAAGAUAAAAGAUUUCACAAACAUUCUCAUGUUAAAUUACAUUCUCAUAAGCAAUACAUUAUACGCAAUAUUUAUGAAUCAUCCAUGAUUUAGAAUUUAACAUGCUGUGGUCUACAGUAAAAGGCAUAGCUCUCAAAAAAUGAAAAUUCUAUCAUGUACUCACCAUUAAUUCAUCACAAACCAGUUUGUGUCUUAUAUUGAACACAAAAGAAGAUAUUUUGAAGAAUGAUGUAAACCGGCAGCCAUUGACUUCCAUAGUAUUUGUUUUUCCUACUAUGUCAGUCAGUGGUGACCGAUUUGCAACAUUCCUCAAAACAUCUUCUUUUUUGUUCAACAGAAGAAAUAAACUCAAAUUGAUUCAGUACCACUGAAAUAGCGAGUGGCGAGUGGUAAAUUGUUUUAUUUUGGGGUAAACUAUCCCUGAGAAACAUCUAUUUUAUGGUCAUCAAAUUUGUAUUAUCUGCAGAUAGAAAUAUUUUUGCUGUCUUUUUGAUCCGCAUUAUGAAUUUCAGCUAAACCCAUCAAAGUAAGGCAGACACUACUAUUUAAAACAUUCCUAUUGUGUCAAUAGCAUGUAACGAGGCAUCAUUGUGUAACUUGGAUGUUGCAUUGUGUGUAGACGCCCUGUGAUAUUCAGAUUUGACUGAGAUAUAAUUACUUCAGUAUUCCCCAAGACAUUUCUGGAAGGUGGGAAGUGAAUAAUGGUUGUGGAUUUGAUAGUUUCUUUAGCGUAAUUCUGUUGAAUUAAACUUUAGAGAAUUUGAUUAUGAGCAUGAAUGUUGGAAUGAUUAUGAACUUGAAUGUGAAUAUUUUGCUGACUUAAUAUGUUUCAAUCAACCCAUUGUGCUUUAAUCACUUUUAACAAAGCUGGACACAGGCAACACCGUCCCGUACAUCCCCUUCAAUUUGCUAUGGUUGGUUCCCUUUCAUUUUUUAAUGGGAACAUUUUGUUUUAGUUUAGACAUAGUUUUAAUGUUGAAGUCUGAUAACGGAAAAACUCUUCAGACAUUCAGCUGAUUGGGAUGCAGGGCAGGCAGUCUUAUAUGAGUGGUUGGUGUUUGUUUGCUGGUUGCUGAUGGGCAUAAAGCUCAUGUGCUUUAAAACAAAUGGCUUGGUGGCUUUCAUUAGAUCUAGAAUUUUAUUUAAUGUUAAACUAACGUUUAUGUGUUUACAAUAAAAGAUCUUAUUGUUUUCCUCGUU